AUGGGCAUUGACCUUGGCAAUGCUUACAUUAAAGCGUCUGUUGCCACUGCAACAUCUCCACUUCAUAUGGCUUCCAACGUUCAUGGUAAGAGAUACAUGCCGUUUGUGUUCGCAUUUUGGAACAGAACGAAGUCUUCAAACUAUUCAUCACUUCAAACUUGGAAAAUGGAAGACUUAGAUUCAUAUAAUUACCAAUUUGGCUUUUUCGCCAAAGAACAAUGCUUAAAAUUCCCUCGCACAUGCAUCUUUGGACUUCCUAAUAUGUCAGAUACCUAUUUUCAACUCAAAGGCUACGAAGUUCUUGCUUUAGAACUUGAUUAUUUCGUAAAAUCAGUAAAAAAGGCCGAAAACAUACAAGAUCGUCUACAAGUUGUUAUAUCAAUACCACCAGGCAUGGAUCCACGUGACAGGACCUUCAUAAGGCUUGCCUGUCGUCUUGCAGGAAUAGAAUUAAUUGGAUUCAUUGAUUCGACUACAGCUCCAGCUUAUACAUACUCACUCGAGCGCCAGCAUAUAUACUCAAACGAAUCCUUGAAUGUUGGCUUUGUAGAUAUCGGAAAAUCCGGAUCUCGUGUUGAAAUUUUCAAUUUCGACGGCAGAGAUGGCCAAAAUACAGUCAAGCAGCUUGCAGUUGUAUUUAAUAAUACAAUGGGUGGCCACAAUGUCGACCAGAAACUUGCAGAAAUCGUUUCAAAGAAAUAUAACAUUGAUAUCUCAAAUUUAAAGAUCAGAACCAACCUAGAGAAUGAUGUAUCAGCUGCAAAAGAGUCAUUGGCGAUGCAUCCAUCAGUAGAACUCCUCUGGGACUCUGAUGAUGAAGAUGAACCAAGAAAUUUGACAAUAACGAGGUCAGAUCUUGAAGAAUCCGGCCAAGAACUCAACAAAACCGUUGUUUCUCUCAUAGAAAAUGCUCUCAAAAUGGCAAAUCUUCAAAAAGUUGACAGAUGCGAGCUCGCAGGUGGCCAAACGCGCAGUAUCUUCUUAAGAGACCCUAUAAUCAAUGCAUUCGGUGUUGAAGAAGUCAGCAGAACCCUUUCACAGGACCAUUUCAACGCUCUUGCCGCUGGAUAUGAAUCUGCCGAACUUUCUCCUCAAUUUACAGUCCAGAAACAGGUGAAUAAGUCAUUAAUGAUCACAAUACCUUCAUGGGCUCUGUUCGGAAAGAAUCUUUAUCCCAUAUUUAAUCGUGGAGAUGAAGAAGGUGGCUCUCCUUCAGUAGAAACUGUAUUAUCGGAUCAACAUACGUAUUCUAUUGUCACGAGUAGGGGCGAAUUCGCUAAAUUCAAUGUAAAAGGCCACAAAAAAGAUCGAGUUGAAAUUUCAUUCAUUCAUAACUACUUUUUGAUGCCAAUUCCGUAUACAGCAGUAUCAAAGAAUAACGAGUUAUCUAUCGAUUUCGUACGAUUACCAUGGGAACCAACGAAUGAAUCAAUUAAUCAUUCACAGGUUCUUUUCGACAACUUUAUUUAUAUUGCAGAUCAACGACGACAUGUUCACAAGCUUGCAAAUGACCUUGAAGAGUUUCUUCUUCAACUGAAACACGUUCUUCCAUCAUCUGGUGAACACACGAACAUUUUGAACAGCCACAUUGAAUGGUAUUCUAAUCUUGUUACAGAGGCCAAAGCAGAAGAUUACAAAACACGACUUGACGAACUUCACGAAAGAUUUGAUUCUAUUUGUGAAAGUAUUCUUGAAAAAGAAACGAAACCAAAGUCUCUUAAGAAGAUCAAGAAAACAGUUUGUGUAGUUAAAGAAUUACUUUCGAGUGCACGAACUUCUCCUCUUGUUAACAGAACAGCACUUUCCAUUGCCGAAGAAUCUCUUGAACUUGCAGAAAGAGAUUUGGUUCGAUUUGAAAACGAUGAAAAAGUUAAAUCUCAAGAUAUCAUCCGCACUCGACAACAACUUAAAGAUGCCGCUCUCCCUAUUAAGAAGUUUAUGUGGAAUGAAUCUAAGAAAGCCGUAAAUUCUACGAAACUUGGUCUUAUGUGA